ACCUAUGAAAAUUUUGUUGACAAUUUCUGUCAAUUAAUUUUAAAGAAAUGGCUAAAGGUGGAUCAGAAAAAAAAACUACAUCCAAAGUUGAAAUACAAGUAGAACCAGAACCACAAGAACCACCAGAACCAGAUCCCCCACCUAAUACAAUUCAAAUUCGAAUUCUAUCGUAUGAAAAUAUAAAAACGGUGUAUCCCGUAUCAGAUUUAACAAUAAAAUUCGAACUAAAAGGAGCAACAAUUUUUGAAUCUGAAAAGACCCAAGUGCUUCGCUUUGAUAUAUUAGAAACCGAUUUUGAUUUUGACAUACCAUGUGACCUAUCCAAUCCUAUAGAUAGAGAUUUAUUAAUAACCGCCCCUUUAACCAUAUCUGUAACUGAAACUGAACGUAUUGUUGAUACUAGUGCAGUAGAAAUUUUAGCACCAGCUGCCACAGAAAUCAAACCAACCGUUCCAGAACCACCUCCACCGCCACCUGAGAUACCUCCAAAGAAAGGGCAAAAAGAAAAAGGAGGUAAAGGUAAAAAAAGUAAAAAAGGAUCUGAAAAAACUUCUUCAAUUGCGGAAACUUCUCAAGUAACAUUACCGAUAAAACCAACCGGACCCCAAUUAUUGGGAAUCGCAAAAUUAGAUUUAUUACCAAUCUUUUUAGGGUAUUCAACUUUCGACGAAGCUUUAUGCAUCGAAAAAUCACCACCGGUUUUCGAUGAAACCGCAACAUCUUUGGAGAAUUUACUUAAAGUAAAAGUUAAUGUCUCUUUAGAAGGGGAACCUUUAAACAUAGAUUCAAGCACAAUAUUACAUUUAACCGUCGAAUCCGCUUAUAAUAUUCCAAGUUUAGUUGCGACAGAUUUCCAAUACGAAUUAUGUUGUUUAAUUCCCGGAGAACAUCCAAAAUUAGAACCAAUCAUAUUCAAUAAAGGUAGAAUUACCAACGAAAAUACACAGUUUAAAUAUAAAUUAUGGCCGAAAGUUACCGAAGAACAAUUACCAAUUCCAAGUACAUACCGAAUUCCAGAUGAUGUAGCAGACGUUAAAAAUGCAACAGAAAUUGAUAUAGAACCAUUUAUUUCUAGUACUACAACGAGAAUUGAAUGGAAUUUUAUUAAAAGGUCAUUUUUUGGAUUAACCCAAGUGGCUAAUUUUCAUCGACAAAUCGGAAAAUAUAGAAAAAUUCCUGUUGAAAUCUAUAUUACUCCUGUUCAACAACAAGUCGAAGAUCAACCACCUGGUAAAGAUGCCAAAAAGAAGAAAGAUACAAAAGAUAAAGCAUCCUCAAAAACUGGUGGGACAUCAACAGAAGCUCCUCCAACAGAAUAUGAUUCAACAAUUGAUUUUUUGCACGUAAUGGCUAAUAUAGAUGCUGGUUAUCUUCUUUAUCCAGGAGUUAAAAAAUGUAGAGUUGCUUGUCCAUUAAGAACUUAUCAGGAAGUUGAGAUUUUAGAAGAAACCGGCUUGGAAGAUUCUUAUUUUAGACCAAGACCGCCACCGAAACCAGUUGAAUCUAUUGAAAAAGGUGGUAAAGGUGGUAAGGGAGAUAAAGGUGGUAAAGGAGGGAAAGGUAGUAAAGGAGGUAAAGAUAGUAAAAGUGGUAAAUCUGGAAAAGGAAAAGGAAAAGGAGCAGAACCUGUUGAAGGAAAAGAUUUAGCGGAAUCAUUACCUCCCCCACCCCCACCGCCUCCUCCACCAAGUAAACAAAUUUAUAACGAUGCUGGAGACCCAGCUUUCAUAAUUUUAGAAUUAGAACUUUUUAAUCCGUUAUCACCGAUACGACACUUAGAGUAUUUAGAUGAUGAUAUGUGCAAAUUCAUUGCACCUAAACCUAGUUUAUCAAAAAAAUUUAUUUCAUCUAAGGUGGCCCAAGAUAUUCACGGCGAAACGAUACGUUCCAUACUUACAGACAUUAACGCACAAUAUAAAAGUUAUUUGGAAGAUAAAACAAAUUGUCAAUGCGAUUUAGAUUCUUUUCAAUCUUAUAUACAAAAAUCGGGUGCUUAUCAAGUUUACAUAACUUCAAUUCUUCGAAGUUUAUCAACAUUGAUUCCUCAAAAAUACGGAUACAAAAAGAACAUCUUCCAAUCUUCUAAUGAAUACCAAAAGUUUGUUUCUGAUGUUUAUGUUGAUAUGAUUCGAGAUAUGAAUCGGGUUGUUAACGAACAACAACUUUUCGGGGCGAGCUUCGAUGACCAUAAACACUUAACACGAAAUGAAAAGUUAUUAUUAUAUGCUAGAGAAGCUAUGGAACUUGGCGAACAAAACACAGCAGAUAGAUAUUAUUUAGAAAGAAUAUGUUGUCGAGAAGAUGAUCCAAACGUUUGGUUUGAUUACGCCGUUUUUCAAUUAGAAAUAAAUGAUGUUGAUAAAGCGAAAGAAUGUGUAACGGAAACGGUUCAAUUAGAUUUCGAACAUAAAUUUGGAUUAAUGAUGUACGGAUUAAUGUUGUUCGAUAAAGGGAUGAUUUUAGAAAGUGAAACGUGUUUUUUAAGAAUGGUGUGUUUAAAUCCAACGUGGGUUGAAGGUUGGAUCAUUACUUACGCUUUUUAUAAACAAACGGGAAACUUGGAGGGUGCCGAAUAUUGUUGGGAUAUGGCCAAAAAGGGGCUUGCACAAAAAACUAAAUAUCCAACGGAUUAUUUUAGCCAAACACCUGAUUUAGCUUGGUCUGAAGAAAAACUUGACGAUAACGUUUUUCUAAAAACUGCCGGGUUAUUAAUAAAAAUGAGAUUACACCAACACGCUGAAAAAGUUUUGUCUUAUGCGUUAUUCACCCAUAAAGGAUUUUGCAAGUAUUUAUAUGGAGUUAUAGCUUAUUUACAAAAAGAUUAUGAAAAAGCUUUAGAAUUUCUUGAGACAGCUGAGAAAUUAAUAGGAUUAGAUUAUGGUGUUACAGCAUUAAUUGGCCACUGCAACAUAAAACUCUACCAAUUUGAAGAAGCUGCCAAAUAUUUCGACAUCGUUCUAGAAAUGUUUAACAGACCUGAAGAUAUUCACCUUGUUUUCAUGAACGGCGCCAUGGCAAACGACGUAAUUGGUGAUUCCCAAAAAGCUCGACAAUUAUCUUUACACGCUUGCAAGUUUAGUGCAACACCGCAAAGUUGGUUGUUUGCGGGUGGAUUUUAUUUUAAACAAAACGAUCUUUUAAGCGCCGAAGAAUGUUUAAUUCAAUCGAAUCUAUGCGAUAAUCGCCUUUCAGAAACUUGGGCUUAUUUAGCUUUGAUUAAUUACAAUUUAAAAAAAUCUCAUCAAUAUUACCUUUGUAUGGCGCAAGCUAAAAAGUUUAAUGUUGAAAAUAAGGAUUUAAUCGGUACUAUUGAAGAAAUGGUAGCUAACCAAGAAAAACAAGAUAAAUAAUGUUUAUUUAUUUAUUGUUAUUUUAUGUAAAGAAGUUUUCGAUAAUAAAGUGAUGUUAUGUGGCUCCA